CAGCUAUUAGAGAGUGUACUGUUAGUUAAAACUGAAUGUCCAUUUAGGGAAAAUAAAUAGAAUUAGUUAUAACAGCUCUAAUUCUCUUUGUUACAGAUGUGACGACUUUUCUGACUUUGGCUUGCAUCGCACCGUUUCAUUAAUAUGCCACAUGCACUGUUUUGCUUCUUUUCUAUUUGCUGCUGUUGUAGCUUUGGUGUUACGCACCGUUUUGGCAAAUAUUCCACAGUUAUAAUUGAUUUAGACCAUAGAGAUCUGCUAAAUUCAUUUUCAUUGCCUGCUUAGGUGGCCGGCCUCAGCAAACCCCUCAAGCUUAGGCUACUGCUCCUUCAUCUACAAAAUAGCAAUCGGAGCUUAUGCUUCUUGGCAAUGGACAAACUCCACUUCCGUUCCUUGAAAGUCUUCCAAAGUUUUAUGCUUACGAACAGCUAGCAAAGGCAACUGGGGACUUCACCAACAACAACCUAAUUGGUGUGGGUGGUUGUGGUCAAGUUUUUCGGGGAAAACUUCCAGGUGCUAAAGUGGUUGCGAUUAAGAAGCUUAAUUAUAGUGCUGGACAGGAUGAAUUGGAAGGGGGGCAAGCUCAAUUUGAGACUGAGAUUAAAACCAUUAGCGGCAUCCGUCACCGGAAUCUUGUAGAGGUGGUAGGGCACUGCAGUGAUAAAGCUGAUAAAUUGUUUGUUUGUGAGUUUGUUCCCAACAAAUGAUUGAGAUAUCAUUUGCAUGGUCAGUCCUUUCCCUAGUUUAAUUUACUUCCAAAUAUAGCAUGCAUGAUUAUUACUAAUUAUACAGAGAUGACGUUAGGAUUGUUCAAACUCUGAAAUCGAUCUUUAAUUUCCCCUUUGCAA